AGAAGAAGCCUCUGUUUUGUAUGUAUGUAUAUACAGACAUGCCAAUGUGUGGGUGUAUGUAUACGUGUGUGUGAAAUUUUCUUGGAACGAUCGACAUGCAAACGAUGAGUUCAUCGAUUUUCCGGGAAAAUUCAGAGAAAACAGAGAGAUGGGUGGUGACGAGCAUGGGGAGAUUGGCGCCAUUUCUGUUGUCGUCGUUGUGUAUUAGUCUUGUUUUCUCCAGUUUCUUCAUGUACCCUCAGAAUCCUUUCAAGAACAUCACCGAUCAGAAUAUUUUCCCCGCCGAAUCUCAACACGAUGAUGGGGACUGUGACUUGUUCAAGGGACAUUGGAUUCCAGACAAGAGAGGCUCUUUGUACACGAACUCGAGCUGUUUGACGAUCCCUGACUCGAAGAACUGCCUGAAACAGGGGAGACCAGACAGAGAUUUCUUGUUCUGGAGAUGGAAACCCGACGGCUGUAAGCUUCCGAGGUUCAAUCCUAAGUUGUUCCUCUCGAUGUUCCGAGGGAAGAAGAUGACCUUUGUUGGUGAUUCUGUUGCCAGGAAUCACAUGGAAUCUCUUCUCUGCCUUCUGUCAAUGGAAGAAACUCCGAGAGAUGUCUACAAGGACGCUGAAGACAGAAACUGGAUAUGGUACUUUCCAAAUCACGAUUUCACACUCUCGACCUCAUGGACGAAAUUUCUAGUGACGGGACACGAGAGGAAAGAUGUCAACCAGACAGGAACCGGAACGUAUGAUCUCGACAUUGGCAAGAUCGAUGACGGGUGGGCAAGGGACCUUUCGAACACGGACAUUGCCAUUGUCUCCACUGCUCACUGGUUCUUCAGACCAAUAGUCAUACACAGAGGAGACCAAACCCUAGGCUGCAUCUACUGCGAUUUACCAAACAUGACUCAGAUAAGCCCUAAGGAAGCGCUCGAGCUAGUUUACUCGGCUGUAUUCAAGCAUAUCGACGAAUGUGACAACUGCAAAGGUGGUUUAGUGACGGUUUUCAGGACAUUCUCACCUGCCCACUUCGAGAAUGGAACCUGGAAUACAGGUGGAGCGUGUAGACGAACGAGCCCUUUUAGCGAGAAUCAAAUCGACCUGAAAAGCAACGAGAUGGAAAUCCGAACAGCUCAGAUCGAACCGAUAAAACAUCACAAAACAUCAAAGAAGUUUGCGGUCUUGGAUGUGACAAGGGCGAUGCUCAUGAGACCAGACGGGCAUCCGAAUGCGUACUGGGGAAAUAAGUGGAUGAAGGGUUAUAACGACUGCGUUCACUGGUGCUUACCCGGGCCGAUUGAUGCGUGGAAUGAUCUUCUCAUGGCCAUACUAAGAAGGCUCAGAUGAUCAUGCAAGGUAGAAG